AUGGAACCGCCACCACCACUUAACCACCUCCCUCCGACAACCAAACCACAGCCGCCGCCACUCGACCACCUCCCGCCUACCACCGAACCACCACCACCCCACAAAACAUACACCCUCACCGCUGCCUCAAUCUCCUACACCAAACCUUCCUCCACCACCACCGCUGUCCUCCUCCUCAAACCUCCAUGCACCACCUCCCCUCCACCCCACAUCCUCCGCAACAUCUCCCUCACGGCCCGCCCCUCCCGCAUCCUUGCCGUCGUCGGCCCCAGCGGCGCCGGGAAAUCCACCCUCCUCGACAUCCUUGCCGCCCGCACCUCCCCCACCUCCGGCCACCUCCUCCUCAACUUCUCUCCACUCCUCCCCUCCGCCUUCCGCCGCCUUUCCUCCUACGUACCCCAACACGACUACUCCCUCCCCCUCCUCACCGUCUCCGAGACCUUCUCCUUCUCCGCCUACCUCCUCAACCCCACCAAAAACCCCCACACCAUUUCCAAUUCCGUCUCCUCUUUGCUCGACGACCUCUCCCUCCGCCACGUCGCCCACACUAGGCUCCAACCCACAACCUCCGGCGGCCUCUCCGGCGGGGAACGCCGCCGCGUCUCUAUUGGGCUCAGCCUUCUCCACGACCCGGCUGUGCUCAUCCUCGACGAGCCUACCUCCGGGCUUGAUAGUGGGUCGGCCCUCAACGUGAUCCAAACCCUCCGCUCCAUCACCGACUCCCGUCACCGCACGGUCAUCCUAUCGAUCCACCAACCGAGCUUCAAGAUCCUCUCCGCCAUAGAUGAUAUCCUCCUCCUCUCCAAAGGCACUGUCGUCCAUCACGGCACAUUACCUUCACUCGAGGAUUUCUUACUCAAAAACGGAUACACAGUCCCUCCUCAACUCAACCCGCUCGAGUACGCCAUGGAAAUACUCGACCAGCUACAGGAUAAAACUACAGAAUCGCCCCCAGAAAAUGUGCCGGAAAAUCCCCCGGCCACCACCGACAGCUCGGAAAAGGACGAGAUUAGAUACAAAAGCUCAAGAUACCACGAGAUCAUCAUGCUGUACAGCAGGCUAUGGAAAAUUAUCUACAGAACAAAGCAGUUACUUUUAACAAACACCUUGCAGGCAUUGGUGGUGGGGAUUGUGCUCGGCACUGUUUACAUCAACAUCGGGCUCGAUAAAACCGGAAUCGAGAAGAGAUCGGGCCUGUUCGCGUUUACCCUAACCUUUCUCCUUUCGUCGACGACCGAAACCCUGCCGAUUUUCAUUGGCGAGCGGCCGAUUAUCCUACGGGAGACCUCGAGCGGCGUCUACAGGCUCUCGUCGUACAUAAUCGCCAACACGCUGGUUUUCCUACCAUACCUGCUCGCGAUCGCCGUCCUCUACUCGGCGUCGGUGUAUUUCCUCGCCGGUCUCUGCUCCGCGUGGCCGGCAAUUCUCUACUUCGUGCUCGUAAUCUGGGUGAUACUUCUGAUGGCGAACUCGUUCGUCCUGUUCCUGAGCUCGAUCGCGCCGAAUUUCAUCGCGGGGACGUCGCUGGUGACGGUACUUCUGGCUGGAUUCUUCCUGUUCUCCGGCUACUUCGUGUCGAAGGGAAGCCUGCCCAGGUUCUGGCUGUUUAUGCACUACCUGUCGAUGUACAAGUACGCGCUUGACGCGCUGCUGAUCAACGAGUACUCGUGCCUGCUGACAACGUGCCUGGUGUGGAUCGACGGCGGCAGGAGGACGGCGUGUAUGGUGACGGGGCGCGACGUGUUGCAGAAGAAGGGGCUUCACGAAGGGCAGAGGUGGAUAAACGUGUACGUUUUGAUCGGGUUUUUUGUCCUGUAUCGAGUCCUAUGUUUGGUGGUGCUGAUAAGGAGGGUUUCAAGGUCUAAAAGGUGA